ACGGUGCCGUUUUUUCCCAAAAACCCUAAUGAUUUGCAAUCGAAGCAAAGCCACCGAUCUCGAUUCUCCAGCCCUUUGCAUCUCGUUCUUCUAUUCGCCGCCCCUCCACUUUCCUCUCUCUCGCCGAUUUCACCCCGUGGCCAGGACCAGCGUGGUGGCAGUCCAAAUACCCAACUCCGGCCCGCACUUUCCUCAUUAUCCUUCAUCUCUGCAUCUCCUCGUCAAGAUCCAGUUUUCAGAUGCCCAAGGCCAAGCUUAAAACGACUACGAAAGACGCGGUUUCGGAGAUGCAGCAACUUCAGUCGGACUUGAUUCGAGGAAUGGGUCAACUUCAGCUAAAACUUGAUGCGAAUCGUCCACUCCAAGAAGCAAUGAGGAGUGUGCUGGAUGAUGAAAUGAUCCCUUGUCUGGGAGAGCUGAAGUCCAUAAAUGAAGCUGCUCUGGAGGUGUUGCCAUUAGUUAGAGAUGCAAAUCAUGUACCCAUUGGAGUCGUACCCAGCCCGGAGUACCUCAAGGAGUUGGAUGAACGUUGCUUGAUCUUUAGAACUACGGAACACCAAACCGAGUUUUUUGCAAAAAAGAUUAUGAAGGCCUACAAGGAUGAGUAUCCGGCUGUGGUGCUGGAAUUGGAGGAAGGGGUAACCAGUAACACAGUGGAGUCUUGUGGCUGUCUCUACGUCCAUAUCAACUUCAAGGUCAAGGACAUAGAUGGAUCUGUCCAUCUUUUCUUUGCUGAGGCAACUUUUGAUUAUGACCCUGUAGUGUUGUCGCACUGCAUCCUCGAGCGUGGAGAUACUGGUGGUUAUGACCAUUACCAGAAAGGAUGUGGAGGUUGUGAUCCUGAUGCUGAAGUCCCAAUAUACCACCCUCGUGGAGAUUACCUGCAUGGAUACUAGUGAUGGAUGUUUUUGAGGGUUUACAUAUUAGUAGUACUAUUUGUAAAAGGAUUUAUGUAUCUUGCGGGGGCGUGAUAAGGAUACUACUUUUGCUUAAAUAAUUUUGUAUUUAAUUACCAUAUUUAGUGGUUAGUUCAUUCCUACAUUGUAGGCUACGUGCAUUCAUGGUGGGAGAGGACUUUGUGUUGUAAAUUGGGUAUUUAAAUCCCAUCACCACAUCUAAUGAGAAUCACGAAUCCUACUCCUCACAAGUCACAAGAAGGAUCCUAUUGUGUGAUUCCACUAGGUGAUUAAAAGGUUGCUGUAAAUUAUUUUGUCAUUA